CACUCCCUGCACCCAUCACCAUGGCGACCAUUCCUGACUUUGACAACGAGAAGCAGAUUAUUGAGUACUACCAGUCGCUGCAGCAGGAGUACCAGAGCAUACAGCAGAAGAUUGUGGAGAUCGAGUCGGACCUCCGCGAGCACGAGCUGGUGGUCACCGCCCUGGCCGACAUGGACGACUCGCGGCGGUGCUACCGGCUCGUGGGUGGAGUCAUGGUCGAGCGGACCGUCGGACAGGUGGUGCCGGCGGUGGAGAAGAACAAGGCUGGCAUUGAAGAUCUGAUCGAGAAGAUGGGCCAGCAGCUGGACAUCAAGGGCACCAUGAUCAAGGCCGUCCAGGAGAAGUACAACAUCCGGUUCCGCGACUCGCGCGCUGCCCAGCAGGCCGACGUCGGUGCCGCGUCGUCGCAGUCGGACACCCGUUCCGGCGUCCUCGCCUAAGCGAGUGCUCUCUGUAUCCGCCUUUAAACUCUCCACAUCUGCUA